AGCAGGCAGGGCGGGUCUGACGCGUCUCCAAACACUCGCAUGUUCUAGACGCUCCGUCUAUUUUCUCUCUCAGCUGAUGGUGACGUAGCGCGUCAGCUUAGAGCCGCACAUGAGGCAAACAAGGCUGCUGGCCGCUUGUUUUCUCUGCGGGGACACCGUGGACUAGUGGACCGUGGAGUCGUGGAUCGUGGACUAGUGGACCGCAGCAGAACGGCACACUGCAGACAUAUUGUGCUGUGUGAGAAAAAGACUUGUGUCGGGGCGGUGGAGAACAGGAGGAGGACUGACUGAAGGAGGAGGCUCCGGCUGUCACGAAGGAGAAGAGGAGCGCAUUCCAGACGCACCGCUAUCAUAACUAAUUCAUUGUGGCUCCAAACCGGUGGGAUCACGGUUAAACUGCUUACUUAUUAGGCCGAGAGACUCACACGGGCGGUGUGUUGAGGAGGAAACAUGGUGGAUUACUACAGCGUCCUGGGAGUGUCUAAAGCAGCCUCUCAGGACGACAUCAAGAAGGCGUACAGAAAACUGGCUCUGAAAUGGCAUCCAGACAAAAAUCCAGACAACAAGGACGAAGCUGAGAAAAAGUUCAAAGAACUCGCUGAGGCCUAUGAAGUCCUAUCUGACAAGAGUAAGCGUGAUGCAUAUGACAGAUUUGGAAAUGACAGAAUGCGAAACACAGGUUCUUCCACCUCAGACUUUUCAUCAGAUUUCCCAGGAUUCACCUUCACAUUCCGCAACCCAGACGACGUGUUCAGAGAGUUUUUCGGCGGUCAGGAUCCCUUCGCCAGCUUCUUCGAUGAUUUUUCAUCCUUUGGAGGCUCGUCCUCUCGCCUCGGACCCAGUCGGUUCUUUUCUUUUCCUUCUGCAGGAGUUGAUUUCACCUCCUUCUCCUCCUCUUCCUUGGGUGGGAUGGAUGGGAUGAACAGCAUGGGUGGAGGGAUGGGCAACUUCAAAUCCGUUUCUACUUCCACUCGCAUCAUAAACGGCAAACGCACCACCGUCAAAAAGAUAAAGGAGAACGGGCAGGAAAGAACAGAGAUUGAGGAGGACGGGGUGUUAAAGAGUAUCCUGAUUAAUGGGGUGGCGGAUGAAAUGGCCCUGGCGUUGGAGCUGAGUCGGCGAGACGGACGUCCCCGUAACGCCCCUCAGAAGCCACAAAUCCAAAACAAAGCACCUGCGGAGCCCGAGAGACCUCGGCCCAGCCCUCACUCUGCAGCCACACACCGCUCCUUCAGCUCCGCCCCUUUCUACAACUACGGGGUGGCGGGCGGCAGCGAGGAGGACGAGGAAGAUGAAGACCUGCAGAUGGCUCUGGCAUGCAGCCUGUCAGAAAUGGAAGCCCAGCAGAGAGCAGCUGCUUCUGACUUCAUAUCAGGUGCUGGGGGUCGGGGCAGAGCCGUGAAUGACAAAGCUGGUGGCCAUAAAGGAUGCAGAUUUGUUACGACGGCACAUUAUAACGUGUCUCAUAGUGGAACCAUUGCUGUAGGGGGCAGAGGGGAAGAGGGCCAGGUUAAAAGAGGUGCAGGGACCGGAGCUGGUUGGGAAACGGAGGGAAAGGAAACCAGGGAGUCAGACUUGUCUCCUGAUUCGUCCACAACUGCCAACACUACUUCACUAAGCCAGAGCAGUGAAGAAGAGUUUGAAGCUGCCAUUAAAGCUAGCGACAGCAGUGUGAAAAAGAAAAAGAAGUGCGGGUGUAUUAUGUGCUAAUGCUGUGUGUGGGUUUCUUUGAGUUGCCUUAUUUUUUUAUACUUAGCUCAGUGUUCUGCCUACAGCCAGACUCUAAUGUUAUGUGAGUGCCAGACUCUUAAUUUGAGGCAGAGCUUCAGCUGAUCACAUGCAGACUUAACACCUCCAAAAGAGACACUGAGUCAACUUUGAGAGGGUGCCAACUCAGACAAUUUCAUAGAAUUUGCGAAUACACACUGUAAAAAAAGGGGUGU